UAAACAUCCAAUAUGGCGUCUGCUCGGCGAGGUCGAUCGGGUUCCUCCGAAAAUAGGAGCUCUCUGCACAACAUGCUGUCUUCCAUCAAGAGAGAAAGGAGCCGAGUCUCGAGGGGAGACACCGCGGAAGAAGGUUUUGUAGUGCUGGCCAUCAACACGUUCUGGACGAAGGUGUUCUCGGAGUACCUGGUGGACAGUGGGUCUGAUGACCUGAGGGACGACAUGCUCUUCUUCAUCAGGAAAAUUUCACAUGCCAGGGACCAGCAACCUGUGACUGAGGUAGAUGUGUACAGAAGGGACUCCAAAAGGCUGCCUUGUCCAGGAGACCCCAGUAUAGACUGGGAGGAGACAGUGUACCUCAACCUUAUAUUACAACAGUUUGAAUAUCAACUGACAUGUGCAGUAUGUACCAAGGAAGGGAAGGAACUCACAGUGCACAAAAGAUACUCCUCUAGAGUGUAUGCUUCUCCCAACAAACACAGAAUGGACAGGAAGGACACAGAGUCAGAGGUCUCCUACCCAAACAUCUUCUUCAUGAUUGAUAAUUUUGACGAGGUGUUUGGAGACAUCUCAGUUCAGGAAGGAGAGAUGGUGUGUGUGGAGCUCCUGGCUCGCUACAGACAAGACUCCUUCCAGAGUGUCAUCUUCCUGGGCUCCAUCAGAUAUGAGGCACUUAAGAAAGUCUAUGAUGGGCGGGCCAGUGUGACCAGUAAGAUGGCCCAGCGGAUGUCGCUGGGACUGUACCACGGGAAGGAGAGGGUGGAGUUUGUCCGUAUGAAGGGUCCGCAGGGGAAGGGUUACGCAGAGAUGGCGGUCAGCAGGCUGACUGACGGGAUGACCACCAGCAGGAGUGAGGAUGACUUGAGAUUCAGCAGGGAGUCCAGAAGACAAGGCAGGAACACCAAUGGUGCCAUGAGCCACUCCCACAGUCAGCCGACUGACAUGAAGAAGUCAACAUCCCUGAAUGAGCGAGCAGACUUUGAUAGAAUACAGGGAAGGGACAGGAGACAAGGCUCUAAAGAUGGGUCCAGUCGGGGUUCGGCCAGGUUAGGUGGAGCCUUCAGCUGGCUGAAGGGAAGACAGCGCUCCUCUGGUGGAGUCUUUGUUCUCAAUGCCCACCUGACGUACGUUACCUUACCCUGGCAGAGAAUCAUCGCAGACAUUCUGGAAAACCGCCAGCCUCCAGUUCUGUCCACAUAGGUCUGAUUCUUGCCUGUCUGAUGCAC